CCCAUGGAGGGAGCCGUGCAGCUGCUGAGCCGCGAGGGCCACAGCGUGGCCCACAACUCCAAGCGGCACUACCACGACGCCUUCGUGGCCAUGAGUCGCAUGCGCCAGCGCGGCCUCCUGUGCGACAUCGUCCUGCACGUGGCCGCCAAGGAGAUCCGUGCACACAAAGUGGUGUUGGCCUCCUGCAGCCCGUACUUCCACGCCAUGUUUACAAAUGAGAUGAGCGAGAGCCGCCAGACCCACGUGACGCUGCACGACAUCGACCCUCAGGCCUUGGACCAGCUGGUGCAGUUUGCGUACACGGCUGAGAUCGUGGUGGGCGAGGGCAACGUGCAGACUCUGCUCCCAGCCGCCAGCCUCCUGCAGCUGAAUGGCGUCCGAGACGCCUGCUGCAAGUUCCUGCUGAGUCAGCUCGACCCCUCCAACUGCCUGGGCAUCCGGGGCUUUGCCGAUGCGCACUCCUGCAGCGACCUGCUCAAGGCCGCCCACAGGUACGUGCUGCAGCACUUCGUGGACGUGGCCAAGACCGAAGAGUUUAUGCUGCUGCCCCUGAAACAGGUGCUGGAACUGGUCUCUAGUGACAGCCUGAACGUGCCUUCGGAGGAGGAGGUCUACCGAGCAGUCCUGAGCUGGGUGAAACACGACGUGGACGCCCGCAGGCAGCAUGUCCCACGGCUCAUGAAGUGUGUGCGGCUGCCUCUACUGAGCCGCGACUUCCUGCUGGGCCACGUGGAUGCCGAGAGCCUGGUGAGGCACCACCCUGACUGCAAGGACCUUCUCAUCGAGGCCCUGAAGUUCCACCUGCUGCCCGAGCAGAGGGGCGUCCUAGGCACCAGCCGCACGCGGCCCCGGCGCUGUGAGGGGGCCGGGCCUGUGCUUUUUGCUGUGGGCGGUGGGAGCCUGUUUGCCAUCCACGGAGACUGUGAGGCCUAUGACACGCGCACCGACCGCUGGCACGUGGUGGCCUCCAUGUCCACGCGCCGGGCCCGGGUGGGAGUGGCUGCGGUGGGGAACCGGCUGUAUGCUGUGGGCGGCUACGACGGGACCUCAGACCUGGCUACCGUGGAGUCCUACGAUCCCGUGACUAACACGUGGCAGCCGGAGGUGUCCAUGGGCACGAGGCGAAGCUGCCUGGGUGUGGCCGCCUUGCACGGACUCCUGUACUCGGCUGGCGGCUAUGACGGGGCCUCCUGCCUGAACAGUGCCGAACGCUACGACCCCCUGACCGGAACGUGGACAUCCGUCGCUGCCAUGAGCACCCGGAGGCGCUAUGUGCGAGUGGCCACGCUUGAUGGGAACCUGUAUGCCGUGGGCGGCUACGACAGCUCCUCACACCUGGCCACUGUGGAGAAGUAUGAGCCCCAGGUGAACGCUUGGUCGUCCGUGGCGUCCAUGCUAAGCCGACGCAGCUCAGCAGGUGUGGCCGUGCUGGAGGGUGCCCUGUACGUGGCAGGGGGCAACGACGGCACCAGCUGCCUCAACUCGGUAGAGAGAUACAGUCCCAAGGCUGGAGCCUGGGAGAGCGUGGCGCCGAUGAACAUCCGCAGGAGCACGCACGACCUGGUGGCCAUGGAUGGAUGGCUGUACGCCGUGGGGGGUAACGAUGGUAGCUCCAGCCUCAAUUCCAUCGAGAAGUACAACCCGAGGACCAACAAGUGGGUGGCCGCGUCCUGCAUGUUCACACGGCGUAGCAGUGUGGGCGUGGCGGUGCUGGAGCUGCUCAACUUCCCACCGCCGUCCUCGCCCACGCUGUCCGUGUCCUCCACCAGCCUCUGACCCCCCCACCCCCAGAGGCCUGCAGCCUCCCACAUGCCUUAAGGGGGCCGUGGCCCCCACCAGGGACAUCUUGCAUUUUCUGUUCACGUCUCUGCGUCCAUUCCUUAGUGUCUAUAUUUAGUUGUUUAUUUAUUUAGUUAUUUAUCUUAUUUAUUGAGGGGUGAGCAGUGCUGCAGCCGCC